UCCUUUGCACCACUUCCAGCAAAAAAGAAAAAAAACACGAGUGACCAGACCAGACCACGAACUCCUAACUCACAAACUCGAAAAUACCGUUGGCAGAUCGCCGGAGCCACCACAACUCUUUCUCCGACACGGUGGUUCUGUUCACCGGAAACCACCCAACUCCUUAAAUUAUCUAUUCUCGUAUAUUGACUACUCCAGUCCAGACUUAUUGGAAUGAGAGGAAAAGGGAAUCAAAAUCAAGAGGAGGAAGAGUACGAGGAAGAUGAAUUUGGUUCCAGAAAAGAUGGGCCAUCUUCAAAUUUUACAAUAGACAACGCUAAUUCUUGUAAAGAUGGGAAGCAUAGUGACAAGGCUAAUGCAAUAAGAUCGAAACAUUCUGUCACUGAGCAGAAAAGGAGGAGCAAGAUAAACGAGAGAUUUCAGAUAUUGAGAGAUCUUAUUCCUCAUAGUGAUCAAAAGAGAGAUACAGCAUCAUUUUUAUUAGAGGUAAUUGAAUAUGUCCAAUAUUUACAGGAGAAGGUGCAAAAGUAUGAGGGUCCAUAUCCCGGAUGGAGCCCUGAGCCAGCAAAGUUGAUGCCAUGGAGAAACAGCCACUGGCGCCUUCAAAGUUUUGUUGGUCACCCUCAAGCUCAAGCUACUAAAAAUGUUUCUGGUCUAGGGGCAGCAUUUCCAGGGAAACUUGAUGAGAAUAACAUUACUCUCACCCCAGCCAUGCUUCCAAGCACUCCAAAUCUAAUAGAAUCUGACCAUGUCACCUGCAAAGUGUUGGAGCGUCAACCUGAGCUAGCAAACGCUCUUCCCAUGCCUGCUCCUGCUCGAAGUGAUGGACUUGUUGCACCUCCCCUUGAGCAACCAGUCUCUGAUGCUCAAUCAGCUGAGUGCCCCAUCACCAGUGAAAUGUUGAACCUGCAGGAGCUGGCAAUUGAAGCAGGGACUAUCAGUAUCUCCAGUGUUUACUCUCAAGAGUUGCUGAAUACCCUUACGCAAGCAUUGCAGAGUGCCAGUGUAGAUCUGUCACAGGCCAACAUCUCAGUUCAGAUUGAUCUUGGAAAACGGGCAAAUAAAGGGCUGGCCUCUGGAACAUCAACAUCUAAGGAUCCCCAGGAUUGCAAUCAAGUGAUGACCCACCUUAGGGAUGCAAGUGAAGGAGAGGACUCGGAUCAAGCUCAAAAACGGCUAAAGACAUAAGACCAGCAUGGGAUUUAUCAAGUUUGCGCUGGGGAUAUCUUUUUUGCUCCCGAUAUCAACCCUCGGGUUAUUGUACAUGCUGUCUUUUGGUUUCUCAGAUUCUUAAAUAGUUCAUGGAAUCAUGUUAAGAGCUGUCACCUUAGAUUAUGUGUUUCUGCUCAGAUUUGUGGUCGUUUGAUGCGCCGUGGCCAUAUCGUGGUUGUAACGUACAUAGACUAAAUAGAUAUGUAAUGGAGCAUUUUGGGGGCCGGUGGGGAAUAGGCAGGUCUGUGUGUCAGACGCAAAUUUUAAUAAUGCUGAGCAUGAUUAUGAGUGA